AUGAAGGACUCAUACACCUUGCCCGCGGCGGCAGAUUUCCAUGUACACUUGCGUGAUGGAGCCAUGGCCGAGGCCGUGACGCCCACCAUCCGCCAAGGAGGUGUCGACGUAGUAUACGUGAUGCCCAACCUCGUACCACCAGUGACCACAGUUGCUGCUGCUUUGGCGUACAAGGAGCGACUCCAGAAGAUUGACUCCAGCAUCACCUACAUGAUGACUCUCUACUUGCACGAGAGCAUCACGCCCGAUGUUGUCCGUGAGGCCAAAAAAGCCGGCAUUGCGGGCAUUAAAUCUUACCCGGCAGGAGUCACCACCAACUCCUCGUCUGGUGUCAUUUCAUACGAGCCCUUCUUCCCCGUCUUCAAGGCAAUGGAAGAAGAGGGCCUGGUGCUGAAUCUUCACGGCGAGGUGCCCAGUGACCGCAAGGACAUUACCGUCAUGAACGCCGAGGCAAGCUUCCUGCCCACAUUGCAGGACCUGCACCGACGCUUCCCAAAACUCAGAAUCGUCCUAGAGCACUGCACGACGGCAGAUGCCGUCAAGGCUGUUCGUUCAUGCGGCGACACCGUCGUGGGCACCAUUACGGCCCACCAUCUGUCCCUGCUCGUCGAUGACUGGGCAGGCAACGCCUUUUGCUUCUGCAAGCCCGUCGCCAAGACCCCUGCCGACCGCAGAGGCCUUUUGGAGGCAGCCGUAAACAGCAACGGCAGAUUCUUCCUGGGCACUGACUCGGCGCCGCACGACGUUGCAGCCAAGAAGAACGGCAAAGCUGCCGCUGGUGUCUUUACCCAGCCGUACGCGGUCCAGUACGUCAUGAACGCCCUCGAGGACGCCGUGGAAAGGGGCGACAUCAAGGACGAGCAGGUGACGGAAGAGUUCCUCACCGGCUUCCUUGGAGAAUGGGGUCGCAAGUUCUACGGCAUUGAGCAGAGCAGCAAGAAGAUUGUGGUGAAAAAGGGAGACGAGGUCAUUACAUCAUCGAUCAAGGGAGCGGGCGUUGAGGUCGUACCGUUCCGCUCAGGGGAAGCUACAUGGAGCGUGGAAUGGCAGUAA